GACGUCAAACAAACUUUCUCCAUCCCAGUUCAUUAACUCUUCACAUCCGCGUCUACUGCACUCUCUUUUCCAUUACAGAAGAAAGUAAACGACGUCGUUUACCAUAUUACCUGCCCUCCUUUGAAAGUUGAAAAUUGUUAUUGUAAUUGUAAUGUGAAUGUGAAAGUCAAGCCCCUCGCUUCGCUUUCUUCAUUUUCUUUUCUUCUUCAGUUUCUCAGAACAACAGAGCGAGCGACAGAGAGAUAGAGAGAGAGAGAGAGAGCAUGGCCGUUGCUGAUCCCAAACCUCACUCCGAACCUAAGGUCUGGAAUUUCUUCAAGCUUCCUUUUCGCCAUUCAAGCACCGCUUCCAGCGGAACGACGUCGUCUUCUGCUAACCUUCAUCAUCACCACAACCCUAACAACAAUAACAAUCACAAUCCUCCCGUUGAGGGUUCCACUUCUCACUCUUCCAAUUCAGUUUCUUCUGUUGCCAGAUCGCUUCUCCCAACACGACGUCGUCUCAAGCUUGAUCCUUCUAACAAGCUUUACUUCCCUUAUGAGCCAGGAAAACAGGUUAGGAGUGCCAUCAAGAUUAAAAACACCAGUAAAUCUCAUGUAGCUUUCAAGUUUCAAACAACUGCACCGAAAAGCUGUUUCAUGCGUCCUCCUGGGGCUAUCCUUGCACCUGGUGAGAGUAUCAUAGCAACCGUGUUCAAGUUUGUAGAGCAACCAGAAAAUAAUGAAAAGCCCGAAAAAAGUGGACUCAAAUUUAAAAUCAUGAGUUUGAAGGUCAAAGGUCCAAUUGAUUACGUCCCUGAGCUGUUUGAUGAGCAGAAGGACCAGGUAGCAGUUGAGCAGAUUUUGCGAGUUGUUUUUCUAGAGCCAGAGCGUCCAAGUCCUGUUUUGGAAAAACUGAAGCGUCAGCUUGCUGAUGCUGAUGCUGCCCUUGAAGCACGUAAGAAACCUGCUGAAGAUGCGGGCCCUAAAAUUAUUGGGGAAGGGCUUGUCAUAGACGAAUGGAAAGAGAGGAGGGAAAGAUAUCUUGCUAAGCAACAGGGCGAAGUGGUUGUAGAUUCUGUAUAGGGUGUUUUUCUGGAGAUAUAUGUCGGUGUUAUCUUCAGAUAUUAGUAUUAAAAUCAAGGCGUCCAAUUCUUGGAAAAAAUUCAAAAGAAUGACAAGUGUGUACUGUAGAGAAAACUAUGCUUGGGUGUGUGUGACAUCCUCUAUGUAGAUAAAUGUCACAUUAUGUUUUCAGGCUUUUUUGUUUGUGGAAUAAUAUUUUGAUAGAUGUAUGUGAAAUGGAUCAUUCAUGUUCUCAAAUGAUUAAUGAAUGUUUUGCUGUCAAUUUAUUUUGCUA